AACCCUGAUUAUCGAGUUGUGUGAGAUCUGCAAACCCCCCCUUCCCUCUCCCCCCCUAUUCUCUCUUCUCUUCAUAACCCAAAACCCAGAAAAGAAAGUGCGAGAAACUGAGAGAAAAUACCUCAGCAAAAAAACAAUUCCUUUCCCCCAAACAGAAAAACCCUUUUGUGGGUAUUCUCUUUCUCUCCUCGUCUGUGUUUUUAUUUUUGGGUGUGAUUAUUUUUGCCUCCGCGUUGAAGAAAAAAAUAAAAUAAAAUAAAAGAGAGAGAUGAGGAUCCGCAAGAACGCUAAGCUCUCUCCUCUGCUAUUCUCUUCGCACGCUUCAGCUCCUGAGGUUUUGCAGACACACGUGUGCCAGCUGAACCAGUCUCCAUGGGAUGUGAUUCCUUUCUCUCAGGACUCGAACCAGACCGAAGGUGAAGAUAGUUUCACUGGAAAUGGAAGUCUGGGCGAUUCCAUUGGAGCUGUUGAAAGCAGCGUCGCUUCGAUGAUGGACAUUAGCAAUGAGAAAGCUUCGGUAUUAACUGUAAAAGCCGAGAACAUGGCAAUUAUCGACGAUAAUGGCGGUUGUGGUGGCGACGACGACGAAGAAGAUGAGAUAAUCAAGGGUUCCGACGACAGCAAAUACAGACAGCGCCGAAUUGAGUCAUCGGAGAAUAAUAACAACAAUAGUAAUAGUAAACGAUCAUCAUCAUCAGGAGGAGGAGCAGCGGCGAUGUCGAAGAUUAUCAUACACUGUCAGAAAAACGACGGCAAAGGAUGGCAAUGCAAGAAAGAAGCUAAAGAAGGUCACAAUUUCUGCGAACACCAUUUGAGCCUUCUUAGGUCUUAUAGCAGCAGCAACAACAACAACAAUGCUGCCGGCGCUUCCGCUAUAAACCUCCCUUCGCACUCCAUCUCAUCCAAGAAAGCUCAAACCAGUCUCUCUCGGCGUACUCGCGGUUCUUCCGGAACUCGAUCGGCGAAGAAAAGCGGUUCGAUUUCGAAUAAUAAUCCUUAUGAAUUUUAUUAUUAUUCUGGGUUUGGUCCCUUAUGGGGUAGGAAAAGAGGAGAUAGAGGAGGAGGAGCAGUAGAUCAUAAUAAGAAUGAAAAUGUGGAAAAUAACGUUGUCGUUGAUGAUGAUGAUGAUGAUGAUGAUGAUGAUGAUGUUGAUAAUGAUAAUGAUGGUAAGAAUGCUCAAACGACAACUCGUUCAUCGUCGUCGCGAAUGGAUAAUGAGGGAUUUGAUUAUGUAGAUGAGGAUGAUGAUGAUGAUGAUGAUGGUGAUGAUGAUGAAGACGACGAUGAUGGAAGUGGUGGAGAUAGUGGGAAGAAGAGGAUGCGAAAGCCUGUGAAAGCUCGAUCGCUUAAGUCUUUAAUGUAAUGGGGUAAAUAUUUUUUUUUUUUCUCUCUUUUUUUUUUCUUUUUCUUUUUUGGAUAUUUUGGAUUUUGGGUUUUUGGCAACAAAUAUAUAUAUAUGGAGGUUUGGUUGGUUGGUUGGGUUUCGAUGUUGUUUUAAAAUUGUAUUGAAAUUAUCGUGUUUUUUUUUUUUUUUU